CCAACCUUAUAUGGACUGAUCGGACAAGGUAAUGGCUUAUUUCCCAUCUAGCAACCCAGCAGUAGCACAGUAUCCAUGAGCCACACAUAGCACACUUCAGCCACUUUGGCAUUCUUCCUGGACUUACAGACACUGAAUCCACUGCUUUUACUUUGCUCAGGCUCAAUGGUUAUCCACAGUGGCUGCUGCAGCUUCCACUGUACUUCAGCCUAGAGCGACUCCAUCCUUCUAUUUUUCUCCUGAAACAUCGCCUUUUUUCUUUCUUUCUUUCUUUUCUAAAACAGCAGGAUUGUCCCGAAAAGAGCUGGUGCAGCAACUUUUCCCCCUUGCAUAUUUUCCCCACCCUCACCAGAAUAUGUCGUUGACCAACACAAAGACGGGCUUUUCUGUAAAGGACAUUUUGGACCUUCCUGACACAAAUGACGAAGAAGGAUCUAUCACCGGAGCGGAGGAAGACACGGAGGGAUCGGAGACCACAUCCACGACAAAAACCACUGGAGUUUUGGUGCAAAGUCCUCUAGAAAACGUUCAAAACCUGCCUUUAAAGAACCCCUUUUAUGACAGUAGUGACAAUCCUUACACACGAUGGCUUGCUACUACGGACAGUAUUCAAUAUUCAUUGUUUCUCCCGUUUCUUGCCGCAGUGCACGGUCUCUCCGCCAGCUCGCAGGACUCCUCGGCCAAGUCCCCGGAUCCGUCCGCGGAGGACGACGAAUCGCCGGACAACGACAAGGAGACCUGCAGCAGCGGUGGCAGCAGCAGCGACUCCGGCAAGAAGCGCAAAAGGAGGGUGUUGUUUUCCAAGGCGCAGACCUACGAGCUGGAGCGUCGCUUCAGGCAGCAGAGGUACCUGUCGGCUCCGGAGAGGGAGCACCUGGCCAGCCUGAUCCGCCUCACUCCGACCCAGGUGAAGAUCUGGUUCCAGAACCACCGGUAUAAGAUGAAGAGAGCGAGAGCCGAGAAAGGUAUGGAAGUGACCCAUCUCCCUUCUCCCAGGCGGGUGGCCGUGCCCGUCUUAGUCAGGGAUGGAAAGCCUUGUCACACUCUUAAAGCUCAGGACUUGGCGGCCACUUUUCAGGCCGGGAUUCCCUUCUCGGCUUAUAGCGCCCAGUCACUCCAACACAUGCAGUAUAACGCGCAGUACAGCGCCGCGGCCACGCCACAGUUCCCAGCACAUCACUUGGUGCAAACGCAACAGUGGACUUGGUGAGAGAGAAAAUUAUAGAGACUUGGCUUUUUGGAAGGCACGAUAUUAGGGAAGUUUCACCACAAAGCAAAGAGAGAGAGAAAAAACAAAUAAAACACAAAAAACACAAAAAGACUUUUCAUUUUUGCAGCUUUGACUCAUAUAUAUACUACCAUUUUUAUUCGGGGCUCAUGUGUGUGCGCCGUGUUUACAUGUUUUCGUUAAGAGAACUGGGUCCGAAAUUCUCCCCCUCUUAUAGAUUUUAUUCAGAAUGUCAAAUGCUCUUUCUUGUGAACAUUUUUUUGUAAAGUAUGUUGUGUGUUGGUUGUGUAGAGAUGUUUUCCUCUUUUUUUAUUUUUUUUUUCCCUUCGUGUUAUUAUCAGCACGUAUACGAACCACUUUAUAAUUAUAGAAAUUUUAAUUUCUUGCUUUCUUUUAUUGGACCGAAAAAAAUAUUUAUGGCCAUGAAUAAACACUGGCAACUUUGCA